UCUUUCUGGCACGCAUAAAACUGUGGACUGUCAGACUUGUCUACAGUCUACAGAGACGUAAACGUCCGCUUCGGAGUCCCCAAGGCAAGAAGGAACAUGGCUGGUUAACGGCAGCAUCUACCUCAUUAACGCACGCCGCGCCGAUUGGCCUCAGGGAGCUUCCGAUUCUCCACUGGUGGGGAUCCCCGGCCUCCCCCAUCUCCGGUGAACUCAUGGCCCCCGCUGCGCCGGAGGAUCUCCAAUGCACGGCGAACGGCAACUGCGCCGCCCCGCCGGAGAAGGCCUCGGCCGCCGGUUACGGUUACUACCUCCCGGCCGCCCCGCCGGUGCUCGCCGACGGGGAUGACGAGGUACGGUGGCUCCGGCGGUGCGUGGAGGCGGCGGCGAAGGGCUUCGCUAUCGGCGCCGGGCUGAAGGGCGGCCUCGCGCUCUUCUCCGUCCUCGUCCGCCUCCGCAGCCGCCGCUCCCCCAGAUUGAGGAAGGCGGGAGCGAUGACGAACGUGGAGGCGGUGGUGCUGGCGGUGAAGGAGACGUUGAGGUACGGCAUGUUCUUGGGGACAUUUGCCGGCAGCUUCGUCUCCGUCGAUGAGUGCAUCGCCGCUGUCUGGGGACGUAAGAGAACAGCAAGGUGGAGGUCAUUAUUAGCUGGGUUGAUUGCUGGUCCUUCUAUGCUCCUGACAGGACCGGGAACUCAGCAUACUAGCUUGGCUAUAUACAUUCUCAUGCGUGCUGCUGUACUUGCAUCCCGCUGUGGAAUAAAGAGCAAAAGAUUUGGAAAGAUUUGCAAACCUUUGACUUGGUCACAUGGUGAUAUUUUUCUUAUGUGCCUCUCAUCUGCACAAAUUUUGUCUGCUUACAUUCUAAAACAGGACAGUUUGCCAUCAUCAUAUAAAUCAUUUCUAAACAAGCAUGGUGGAAAGGAUCUCGUUAUUCUGCAAGGUAUGAAGGAAAUAGUCAACCACACUGCUUUCACAAACUUAGCGGGUAUCGAGAAGUACUACAAAUCUGUUGGUGUUGACCUAAAGUUAGAUCCAAACAUGAACGUGCCUUGCUCAAUUGUGCAUGGUAAUCAGUCAUGUACAGGACAUUUUAUUUCUUUCUUGUUACAAGCGUAUGGAAGAGCACUUCCAGUUUAUGUUCCAGUCUACUUAGUUCCUGCGCUUGUGGUUCAUCGGCAGGACCUCAUGAAAAGGCCUUACACCAUUCUAGGGAAGAGUCUUCUAGGAACAAUGAGAUCUAGCCUGUUCCUCUCAGUAUAUUGUGCAUCUGCAUGGGCUUGGACCUGCCUGCUUUUUAGAAUCUUCGAGAGUUGCAAUACCCCUCUUGUUGUACUUGGCACGUUUCCAACAGGCCUCGCAUUGUUGAUCGAGAAAAAGAGCAGGAGAAUUGAGAUAUCCCUGUACUGCCUUGCCAGAGCUAUCGAGAGCUUUUUCACAUGCAUGACCGAUGCAGGACUCUGCCCUCCAAUACUUCAGAUAAAGCGAGCCGAUGUAGUGGUCUUCAGUAUGGCUACCUCGAUCAUUAUGCACUGCUAUGCGCAGGAAAGAGAGGUUUUCCGGUCUAAGUACCUGAAUGUGCUCGACUGGGUAUUUGGUGUGCCGCCUCCACCCGACAAUGAGGGUAAGAAUUAUCAACCAGACAAUGAAGCCAAGAAAUGUUGAGUGGCAUGCUGGUGGUCUGUAGAGUUCAUUACAUGUUUUUGUAUGGUCAUGUGAUCCUAGUGUGAUAGUAGAGGCAUUAGAGGAUUUCUAGCUUACAGUGAGCCUUGUACAAGAGUCUACUCGCAACAAGUGGGAUUUAGUGGGUACAGCAAAGCACAGAUUAAUUCAAUUGAUUUGUCGGAACAAUGUCCUGGUCAUUUGAAUAUGUAUUGUAACUUAAUGAUCUCGACGUGUGUAACUUAAUGAUCUUGAAAUCAUUAAAAGUUUUAGCCGUUAAAAUGAAUGUAUGGACUCGGCUGUUUCAGAGGUCGAAGAA